AAAUGUAUAAAGUUUCAACUUAUACCUUUUCCCACUGAGAGAAAAGAUCCUGCUAGUCGCAAAAAAUGGACAACAAUUGUAAAUCGAAAACAUGGAAACAAUAAUUGGCAACCUAAUUCUGAAUCUCGAAUUUGCUCCAAACAUUUUGUAGAUUGUGAACCAACUCUUAGUAACCCGUUACCAACACUUGACUUGGGUUACACACCAAUACAAGUAACAAAAUUUAGGCCCCCUCCACGUGAAAGACAUGAAAGUCCCCCUCCUAAGAAAACAAAGCGAAAACUUGAGAAUGACCUUUCAGUUGAGGAUUUGAACAAACACAUAACUUCUGAUCAUGGCUACAUGUAUAUACAAGACACAGACUGUAACCGUGAAGUAAUUUUAUUAAGGGACCAGGUACAGACACUGCAAAAAGAAGUCAAUAUAUAUAAAUCUGCUUACAUAAGAUCUGUCAAUACUAAACGCAAAACAACAUUUGACAUAAAUGUCAUAUUACAAAGUGACAAAAAAUGCAAAUUCUAUACAGGCAUACCAAAGGUUGAAACUUUCAAUGACUUUUUCGUUGAAUUGGAACAAAAAGUGAGGCAAAUGAGACAUUGGAAAGGUCCAAAAAGGACAUGCAAUCCACUUAAAAACAAGAAAUAUACAAGAUCAAAUUCAAACAGAAAAUUAUCACUUAAAUUUGAAUUUGCAUUGACCCUUAUGAAAUUAAGGUUGGGCCUGUUGUUUGAAGAUCUUGUUGACCGAUUUGGAAUUUCUACCACCCAUGCUUCAAACAUAUUUACAACAUGGAUAAAAGUUUGGUCCAGUACAAUAGGAUCUUUGGUGUUUAACCCAUCAAAAGAGGCAGUAAAAACAAAUUUACCACCUUCUUUCAAAGGAACAAAAUACAUUGAUGUCCGUCACAUCAUUGACUGCACCGAAGUAAUUUUAGAGAGACCCAAUAAUUUAGAGGUUGCAGCUCAGACUUGGAGUGAUUAUAAACAUCAUAACACAGCUAAAUUCUUAGUGAGCAUAAAUCCUUCUGGCUUAAUUAAUUACGUUUCAGAGGGUUUUGGUGGUAGAUGCAGUGAUAAAUAUAUUACUAACAAUUCUGGUUUUUUAGACAUUCUUGAACCAUAUGACUGUGUAAUGGCUGAUCGUGGCUUCACCAUAAGGGAAGAAUUAGCUUUGGUAAGAGCACAACUGUUUAUUCCACCAGGUCGUAGAGGUGUUACACAAAUGUCAACAACUGAAGUGCAACAAACACAAGAAAUUGCUAAUCGUAGAAUUCACAUUGAGCAAGAUAUAAGAAGAAUGAAAUACUUUAGAAUACUGAAGUAUGAAGUGCCGCUUACUCUCAUGCAACAUUUGGAUAGUAUUUUCAAAACAAUUGCAGGAAUAUGCAACAUGUACCCCCCUCUUCCAAAGUAUGAGACAUAAUUUUGAUUGUGAUCCAAAAAUUGUGAAAAAUAAUCACAAUUAAGGUUUUGUUGUUAGUUUUCAUUUGUUUCACAUUUUUCAUGUCAUUGUCUUUUACCACUGACUAAAGGGUAUGGGGUUAACUCAUUAUUGAAGGCCACACAGUUGCCUAUUACUACUAAUAUAUUCACUUCAUUUGAACUCUGGUGGAACGUUGUCUCAUUUGCAAUCUCUUGAAGCUAAACAAUACCACAUCUCCUUAUUUUUAUAAAGUAUAGCAUAAUUUAUAUAUGAAAAUUAAAACUUUUCUACAGGUACAUAUUCAGGUAAAAUUAUUUGAUAAUGCAUAUAUAGUAGCUGCAUUCUUCUAAAAAUUAAAGUUUCAAUUAUUUGUACAUGUACAUCAUGUACAUUCUGUAUGACAUAUUAUAUUUAAUUACUUUGAGUGCAUUUUUUGCAAAUCCACUGCUGUAACUUUAAUGCUACCUUUUUUGUUACAUUUACACAUCUGAAAUGAUACCACAAGUCACAAAUAUCACAGCAAAUACUAUGAUCAAUAAAAUUUUCAACAUUUUCAGAGUUUUUCACAAUGUGAUUACAUGAUGGACAAAAAUAUGUUGUUUCAAACUCCAUUUGGUCCUCUAUAGGACUGCUGUUGUUCCUGGUACACACCUCCUGUAGAUUUGAAGCAGUUUGCGUUUUAAGUUCACCAGAAAAUAGUUCAGGAACAAAAUAUUUUUCAAAAAAUAAUUUUAAACUAUCAACAAUUUCCUCAUAAUAAGGUUUGUCAAAAACAAUUCUCUGACAAAAUGUUCCAUUACAUGUAUAUAUAAAAAAGUCACAAUAUUUCCUUCCAGUUAUUGCUAACUGGCCUUGAAUUUGGCCAUAAUAUUUGUGUUUUUUUUUUAAACUGUACUUAGUUCCAUCAACAUACAAAUAGUCUGGAAUAGAACAACUGCAAAAUGUUGUACAUUUGCCACAUUUUGGAACAAGAGGACAUUUAAAUUCAACAACACCUGAGCCACAACAAGCACAAUCAACGAGUAAAUCAGGGCUAGCCCCAAGAUAAGUCAUGUCAUUAUCAAGAAAUAUUCCACAUUCUGUGAUAAUAACAUCUGUGUGGCCUGCUUUCUUCAUACCCACAAGGUAACACGAAUUGGCUUCUGGUUCCAUUUCUCGCCCAUGCUUAAGAGACCUUAUGUUAGGAUUUAACUUUUUGUAUACCAUGA